AUGCAUAUUGCCCUCUCAAACUCUCACCGUCGGGAUUUCUCAGUGCCACGAACAUCAUCCGCCAACGACCGUCGAUACGCCGACAUCAAGAUGGUCAACCUUACCACCCAGAAGCGCCUCGCCGCCUCCGUGGUCGGCUGCGGCAAGCGCAAGAUCUGGCUCGACCCCAAUGAGAUGAGCGAGAUCUCCAACGCCAACUCUCGCCAGACCAUCCGCAAGCUCGUCAGCGAUGGCCUGAUCAUCCGCAAGCCCGUCACCAUGCACUCCCGUGCCAGCGCCCGUGAGCUCAACGAGGCCCGCCGCAACGGCCGUCACCGCGGUCUGGGUAAGCGCAAGGGUACCAAGGAUGCCCGUAUGCCCAGCCAAGUCCUCUGGAUGCGCCGCAUGCGUGUUCUCCGUCGUCUCCUCGUCCGCUACCGUGCCGCCGGCAAGAUCGACAAGCACCUCUACCACGAGCUCUACCACCUGAGCAAGGGUAACACCUUCAAGCACAAGCGUGCCCUCGUUGAGCACAUCCAGAAGGCUAAGGCUGAGCGUGCACGCGACCGUGUCCUCAAGGAGGAGAUGGAUGCUAAGCGUGCCAAGAACAAGGCUCUCCGUGAGCGCCGGUUGGAGCGCAAGGAGGCCAAGCGCGAUGCUCUGAUCAACGAAGAGUAA